GCCAAAACGAAACAAUGUCCAUUGCGGGACAAACGAAGUUGAGAGCUGCCGCCGCCACCAAGUAAGAACAAGCGGAGAGCAAAGCACAGAAAUCUUUGGAGGAGGUCUGCAAGACGAAACGAAACAAUCCGCACUUCUCCUUUGGCACGGAAUGAAAGCCAACGACAAGGACACGGGGAGCCUCUCACUCGGUGCGGAUGGAAGCGAAAGCCUUGACUGUGGUUCCACCAUGUCCACCAGCGAGAGAGAUCCCGCGUUUCAGCAGCAGCAGCAGCAGCAGCAUCAAGAAGUACAAGGACCCUUUCGAGCCUCGAAACGCCGGGCGUCGGAACUCCACCGGCCACUCGAAGCGAAAGAAAGCUUUGGUGAGAUACAGAGAGCUUCCUCGCAGGACAUGGGGGUUCAGGGCCUGGAGGUGAGCGAUUUCGAGCAGAUGAGGCUCGAUGUCUCUCUGGAAUCCACCACUACCACUACCAGCAGCAGCAGCAGCAGAAACAACAAGAACACCAGUUCGUACGCAAACAGCACCAUCCAUGGUGGCGACGAAGCCACCGGAAGCGGAGGAAAUUCCUACUUUUGCAUCGGAAGCGGAGCGGGUUGCGUCGAUCGCUCCGUCUCGCAGACGUGCCUGACGAGAGAACUCGACCAGCUCCCGAUCAACCACCGCGAACACGUGGGCCAGGACCUGUACGGACUCGCGGAAGAAUGCAUCCCGAACAUCGACGAAUCCCUCCUGAGCGAAUUCGAAGAGGCCAUCGUAUCGCUCUUGGAAAAGAGCGACUCGAAGGCCUCGUCGUCCGUUCCGGCACCCUCCGGAACCGGCGGGGGCAGCCUGCCCAUCACCGAUUCGGUACCCGAACUACAGAGCCUAGUCCCGUACCACGCCUAUCGGCUGGCCCUUUCCAUGUCCCCCUCGUACGUGAAAAACCCGGAGUUCCGUCUCAUGUUUUUGCGGGCGACCGAGGGGGACGUCAAAAAGGCCGCGAAGCGCCUUACCCGGCACUUCAAAACAAAGCUGCGCCUUUUUGGAGAAGACAAGCUUGUGAGGGACAUCGUUCUGGACGAUCUGAGCGAAGACGACAUGGAGUCCCUCAAGUCGGGUGGCUUCCAGGUUCUUUCCAAGCGGGACGCCGCCGGGCGGUCGGUCCUCUUUGGACGGUACACGUCGAUGAGGUACAAGACAAUCGACAACAUGCUGCGGGCCCUGUGGUACAUAUGGAUGUCGAUCCUGGAGGACCCCACGAACCAAAAAAAGGGGGUCGUGGCCCUGGGCUACGAGGUGGGCCGCGUCCCCCUGGACCGGUUCGACGGCACGGAAGAAGGCGAGGGCCUCGCCGGCUUUGAGCUGGGCGAGGACGCCACGGACCACAACAUGAGCGGGGGCUUCGACCGAACGCUCGCGCGGAAAAUAGUGAGCGUCCCGCUCAGCGUCCCCGCCCGGCCGGUCGGCUACCACCUGUGCACGGAUUCCCACCAGUGGGUGGGGAUGCUGAACAUGGUGAUGGUCACCCUGUGCAAGUUCAUCCGGCUGCGGAUGAGGAUCCACCACGGGACCGACGUCGAGUGCAAGUACGCCCUCAUGACGCACGGGAUGCCGACGGACAGCGUCCCCGUGGACGAGGCCGGCUGCGUGUCCCUGGCGCAGCACAUGGAAUGGAUCGAGGGCCGAAGGGUUCUGGACGCCCGGAAAACCAAAGGGCGGACGCACUAAGCCCAGCAACGGAAUAUUCGAAAUCGAUGCCGGUCCGCCAUGGAGUCGCGUGCGCGCUGUCACGCCAA